AGCACCCCGCCGCAGAGACGGGAGAGUUGUUGUUAUGUGAAAUCCCUGCCAAUAGAAGGCGUCCACGUGUCAAGCCCCGCCCAUAACACGGACUGCUUUGCUACGAGCAGCCCUGACCCAGACAAAAAGAGGAGAGCGAGGAGCGGGUGACUGAGGCUUAAAAGAAAGAAGAGGCAGAAUGGCAGACACCCAGAAUGGCGCCCACACAGAUGACCAUACUGACGCCGGACCCUAUAUAUCUAGCAAGAGUGUAAACCUAAAAGGUGGUGCAGUAAUAGAGCAAGCAUCAAAAUUUUCUCAUCGAUUCACAUAUAAGAUGGACUAUCCAGAAAUGGGAUUGUGUGUCAUUAUCAACAACAAGAACUUUCAUCCGUCCACAAGAAUGGGAAUGCGGAAUGGGACAGAUUUGGAUGCGAACAGGCUGUAUAACACUUUCAAAUCUUUAGGCUACAAGGUCGAUGUUUAUAAUGACCAAAAGUGUGCUGAUAUUUAUGGGCGUCUUAAAAAAGUGUCGGAGGAUGACCACAGCAAAAGAAGCUCCUUUGUGUGUGCACUUCUGAGUCACGGAGAAGACGGUAAGCUGUAUGGAGUGGACGACUGUCUGCCUAUUAAGAGUCUGACAAAUCUGUUUCGUGGUGACCGAUGCAAAUCCUUAGUGGGCAAGCCAAAGUUAUUCUUCAUCCAGGCUUGCAGAGGUACUGACCUUGACCCAGGAAUUGAAACGGUUGAAUCUGACAGUGGUAGUGCACCAUCUGAAGAAACAUAUAGGAUCCCAGUUGAAGCUGACUUUCUUUAUGCCUAUUCAACAGUCCCAGGGUAUUAUUCCUGGAGAAAUACAGUGAAUGGCUCCUGGUUCAUUCAGUCACUAUGUGAAAUGCUCAAAUUACAUGGCAAACAACUUGAACUUGUGCAGAUCCUCACAUGUGUUAAUCAUAUGGUGGCGCUGGAAUUUGAGUCCUGCUCAAAUCAAAUAGAUUUUCAUGCAAAGAAACAGAUCCCAUGUGUGGUGUCGAUGCUCACAAAGGCGCUGUACUAUCCAUAAGGCACAAUUGAUGGCAUGCGGUAACCCCAGAAUAUGAUGUCCCUUGAUUGUGUACAGAGAAGCAUGUGCAGGAGCUUUACACGACAACAUGCUAGCAGGGAUCAUGCCACAGGGUCAGAUGGCACCCACUGGCAGCAUUUAUGUUUAUGUAAAAGGGAAUAGUGAAGAUUUGCAUGAUGCUGUUUGUACACGUGCAUGUGGGGGUUUUGUGUAUUGUUCACUCAACUAAACUAGACCAGUUUUUUUUUUUAUUCUGAUAUGACACUUUCCUGUGUUUUGUACAAAAAAAAAAAAAUCAACUUGUAGUAUCAGGGAGUACACGCUAUUUGUAGCACUGUUCAUAUUUGAUCUUUAUUGUCGGACUUGAAUCGCUGAUCCUUUGCUUUGAGCAUUGGGGGGGGGGUGUAGAUGUAUAAUUUGUGACUGAAGCCCUAGUUAAUUCAUCAAUACCUGGUGGCACAGUGACAUACAUGUUUAACAUGGUGUGUAAAGCAGAAAUGUACCUGUUACAUGAACUAAUGAUUUGUCUGAAUGUCUUAUGGCGGAUUCACACGACCAGGCUUGGUCUGGGAGACGCUGUCCGUGUGUCACUUGCAUCUCCCGGAUCGACUGCGGCUCCACUAAAACUAACUGCAUCAUAGUCAGUUCCUGUCUGAUGAGGAUGUGAGCACAGUACAAUAGACCCACAUUCAGAUAGGAACUAACUGCAUCAUAAAUCACUGUGAUGCAGCCUGUUUGGAUCAGGGAAGCCGCAGUCGGUCCACAUGUGGGUAACACAGGGACUAUCUUUCCUAGACCAAGCACGGUUGUAUGAAUCAAUCCUUAAAAUUUCCUUAUUACACUCCAUAGGCGGUCAGCACUCCAAAGCCUGCUCGGGGGGAUUUAUCAAAAUUCAUGUAAAGGAAAAAUGGCUUAGUUGCUCAUAGCAACCAAUAAAAUUCCAUCGUUCAGUUUUCAUAGCUCUUUUGGAAAAUGAAAGGUGAAAUCUGAUUUGUUGCUACGGGCAACAAAACCCUUUUUCUUUUAGCUUUGAUAAAUGUCCCCCAUUGUGUAUAUGCAAAAGUGUACUUGAAUUACUAAUGGUGUUAACUUUCCUAAUGGCAAAUUGUCAUUUCUGAUAUAGAUAUAUAACAGAAAAUGGCAGCAUCGGCAAAAACAAAUCCUUGCAAACGACAGGUGCAAGCCCAAGGGGAAUAGUCUGUGGUCAUCUCAGAGAUGAUCACAGUGCAGAGAUCUGCUGCAAAGAGUGUCUUAAGGUCCUUUUACAUUGACUGCUCAUUGGGUCUGUUAUCGGAUGAGCAUUUAUAGAAACAAUUGUUGCGAUGUAUAGGUUCCUUCCGAUCACCCAAUGAACAAUAUGAUGCACAUUCAUCUUUUGAUCAUGUCUUUCAGCCAGCACAAAAAAUAAUUUUGGAACGGCAAUUCCUCCUGUGUGAACAGUGAUCUGCUGCCCAUAAAUGAUGAGACUCUGUGGAGAAGAGCAAUCCCUUUCCUCUAUACAAAAGAGAUGAUUGCUGCAUGUAAAUGCUGUUCACGUCCUCUGACGAUCAGGCAAUUAUUGGGAAAGUCUGGUUCAUUCUCAGCAGUUGCUUGUUACAUUGUCCUGUGUUAAACUACCAUUAUAUUCUACGGGACAUUACACAUUAGGGUAUAUUUGCAUUUAGCAUAUUAGUUGCAGAAAUCUCUGUGACACCCCAUUUAUCUGAAUGGGGCUUGCAGAAAUCCAUGCGCUUCCCAUCCAAACAAUUCCAUUCAGAGGAAUGGAACUGAUUUUAAGUUGCAGAAAUUACUGCAACAGGUCUGCCAUGUGUGAACAUACCAUUUCAAUGACAUUCCUUGGGAGCUGUGUAAUCCCUCUGUGCUGGUGCUGCAAAGAAAAAGAGCACUUGCAGCAAGACACCAUUCUGUUAUGUACAGACGGCAUCUGAGCCCAUUCAUUACCCAUUGUAAAAAAAACUUUAAAAAUCCACCCUGACGGAGACAAAAAGGGUGUCUGAGCCCGAUGGAUACGUUUGGUGUGUACGCUGGGAGCUUUGCCAGCAUAUAUGUCAAGCUGGUGAAAGCGCAGCAUGCUCAAAGCCUUCAGUCCCUUAAGCUUUACUUUAAUAAAAGUGGAUUUUCACUCUUCACAUAAGUAAGUGAAAAGUGGUUUGUUUAUUGAUCUCCUAAAGAAAAUCCAGCUGUGCAGGUGAUAGCUUCAUCCACACUCCUGUAUAAUGUAUACUCUGGGAUUAAACUAUGACAUGAGAAAAUA